AUGUACCGCGCGGCGUUUGUGGAAACGCCGGCUAUCCGGAUGAAAUGGUUCAUGGAAAUGGUCGACAGGGAGGACGCAGCGUCGAAGACUCGCGGUUCGGGAGAUAUGGACGUAUCGCAGUCCCAAAGCAGCGACGUGUAUAGGCAGCAACGCAGCAUCCCGCCAUCGCCUGCUAUGCCAACCAAAGCGCGUAUGCGCUACGAUAACCAGGAGUUCCAGACUACAUGGGGCCUGGGUGAAUCCUCGUCGAUCCUUCCGCUGCCGUUGGAGACGGAAAUCAACGCACGGCCGAGCCAGACGUUCCCAGGUCUCGAAACUGUGGAUGAGGCAGAGAGAUCGCUUCGCAACUCUCAAACAAGUACAUUACAGCCCGAAGAGCCACGUGUUCUUCGUUUUGACGAGGAUCAGCGGCUUGUUAGUCGCCCAGUGUCGGAUCUCCCCGCCCGUGAAUCGAUCAUUUCUACACGGCGCGCUCCUGUAAACUAG